UUGAAUUUGAGUGACGGAGGAGGGGGUGGGAGGAGCCGGUCGUCAGUAACAGACGUUCUCCUCCUUGUAGUUUCCAGCCUGCUCAGCGUCUCUCACUUCCUCUGAGAGCAGAGUGCCCGGCCACAUCCUACUCCUGACAUGUCAGUCGUUGUAGAGUCCAGGUAGGGGAGAGCCGGGGGAGCUGCGGCCUGUCCCCCCCCCUUCCCCUCUACUGAGGCUGGCCUGUUGUGCUCAGUAUCCCCGGACUGUGGUGACAGGAGGAGGCCUGAAGCGGAGCGCCAGUCCCCACACAGAGCCGGGAUGUCAGGCCUGCGCUAGAGCCGGAGUAUCGGAAGAAGAAGCGGCGGCGGUGGUCCGUGUGUCCUCCCCCGGGAGGGGGAACGUGUGUGGGCCCGGCCCCCCUCUUCUCCUCACCAUGUCCAAGAUGCCGGCUAAGAAGAAGAGCUGCUUCCAGAUCACCAGCGUCACCACGGCCCAGGCCGCCAGCAGCAUCACCGAGGACACCGAGAGCCUGGACGACCCUGACGAGUCCCAUACCGAGGACGUCUCCUCUGAGAUCUUCGAUGUGUCCCGGGCCACCGACUACGGGCCUGAGGAGGUGGUGGAGAGAAGCUCGUCUGAGGAGACCCUGAACAACGUGGGGGGAGAGGCCGAUACCCCCGGGACUAUGUCCCCCAACAUGCCGCAUGAGGCGCCUCUUAUCCGGAGCGGCCCUCCUCCUAGCCAGGCCUCUCCGGCGCCUCAGGCUUGCAGCUCCCGCUUCCGGGUCAUCAAACUUGACCACAGCUCCGGGGAGCCGUACCGGAGGGGGCGCUGGACCUGCACGGAGUACUACGACAAGGACUCGGAUGGCAGCACUUUAAUCUCCCGGCACACGGGGGGCAGCACCUACGAGCACUCGGCUCCGGACAGGGACAGCGGCCUGGGGGGAUCGGUGGCGGUGGUGUCCUCUAUACACCAUGACUCUGGAGUGGACACCACGCUCAAUGCUGUGUCACAGAUACUACAGCUGGAUAAGAUCAACCAACCCUGGCAGCAACCCAUACAGGGAACUGCACAGCCCAUGCACCCUGCUCCAGUCAGCUCCCAACCUAUGAUGGUGCCACCACCAGGACAGACUUACCUACCAAACCUGGGCGCCCCCCAGAAUGUCUCCCUAGCUCAGCCUGGCACUCAGCAGACCAACACGUCCGUCAGCCAGGCCCAGCAGUUCCCUUACUCCCAACCGGGGCUCGUGAUGACCCCUCAGGCCUCCGGCCAGGCCGAGUAUGGCCAACAUCGAACAGUAAUACAGUCGCAAGGAACAACCCAAAACGCUGCAAGCUCCCUGAUUGCAGGUACUGGGGCUCCAUCCAGUCUUCCGGGACAGCACUUGCCAGCGCCGCUUCUGGGCCUUCAUUCGAAACCCAAUGACUCGGCCGGUCAAGGAUCAGGGCUUGGGACCCAUCCGGUUCAUAUGCAACAAGCAGGAGGAGGCGUGGAGCAGACAACCUUGUCCUCCAUCGGUGCGGUGCCACAGCAAUCUAUAUGUCAGCAACAAGCGGGUGGGAGUAGCAUUUUAGGCAGCCACCAUGCCAUGCCCCCUGGAGUGCAGAACGUCCCUGUGGCUGUGCCUAGUACAGGGGUUUCUGGACCAUCAAGUAGUGUGUCUACUAUUCCUGUUACUAUGCCAAUAGCUCCUGCUACUUUUGUACAGUCCUCCUUGAGUAGCCAUGCGUCUGUCAGUAGGAGUAACAGCCUAAUACCAACAGUUGGGCUUCCACCAGUGCAAGGUACAGCAAAUGUAAAUACAAGUCUGCCACAGUCAAACAUUAGUCAGUUUCAGACUCAGCCGUUGGCCGGUCAGAUUGAUGACCGAAGAAAAUCGGAACCUCUACCUCAGCCAUCAAUGUCCCUGAUUUCUGAGAAGUCUUUUGUGAAGGUUCCUAUCAUGGACACUCUAACAAACCCUCUUCAUUUACCCGUUUUUGGUUUACCUAUUCCUGUUGAUGGUGAGGAUGACAGGAAUCCUUCCUCAGCUUUCUAUGAAGCGUUUCAAGUGAAGUUCCAGGGUUCAAAGAAACUGGGUAAUAGUUCAUCAAGUGCAAAUGUGGUUGCCAUCGACAACAAGAUUGAACAGGCAAUGGACCUGGUCAAAAGUCAUCUGAUGUACGCUGUAAGAGAAGAGGUGGAAGUCCUGAAGGAACAAAUAAAGGAAUUAAUAGAGAAAAACUCGACACUUGAACGUGAGAAUUUACUGUUAAAAUCCCUUUCAAACAGCGAUCAGCUGUCACAACUUUCGACCCCGGCUGGCCUCAGCCAACAACAGCCUCCAGUGACUACAGCUCCUUUGACUGCUCCGCAGACCGCACACCCUCCACAACAACCGAAUGUCUCUUCUGCAUAAACUGUACAAAAACUGCUUUCUCGCCUUGUUCAGCUAACUGAAAGCAAUCUGUCCUUGUGUGCCACUGCUGAUCUUUCCACUUCAAAUAUGAGAAAAAUGAAAAAAGAGCAAGUAGCCAUGCUUCAUUUUGUGUUUGGCCUUUUCAGUAUUAGACAAUCUUACUCCCUGAUCUCUCAUUGUGAGAGAGGUGAUACCGUUUGCAUUGUGUAUCGGGUAUUAACAGAGUUAGAAAGGUGUGCGCAUCUAUAUGCGCACACAGUGGAUUGUGCUCCUAGUGUAUGUAUACGCUUUUAUAGCCAUACACACAUUAUAUGCACAGAUGCAUUAUCACAAAAGCAUGAAUCCUUGCUUUAAGGAUCGUAAAUCCAUGAAUGCUGGCAAUAAAUGUUAACACAUGUAAACCUUCUUUCAGUAGAAGGGACAAACGCAGCAUUUUAUGUCAUAGAAACCCUCUAGAGAACAAGGAAACGAACUUGCAUGUAGAAUUUAACUUGUAUUGUAAAGAGACCAGAACAUAUAGUGUCCCAAAAGUCACCUGAAAAUGCAUGCAAGGUAGCACUUUGAGUGUCAGAUAAAGUAACCUAGUUCUUCAUGUACAACAUUGCAUUUUCUCUGCUCAUAAUGUACUGAACAUAAGUACUUUAAGAAGGCUGAUCUCAAGAUGCAUUUUUAUGCCCUUUGUGCUCAUUUUAGUCAUCACUGGUGCACCCUGAGGAUGGACUUUUCCUUAAUGUUAUUCCAUGAACAGGAUGUAAAUGUAGAUAGAACAGUGCAGCUAAUUUCACUGCACAUGAAUACAGUGUUUAUGCUUGCUUGUCUGUCUACAGCCUGAGUAAAUUUAUACCCAUACAGUGAGCAUGACAUUUUACAAAGGAUCUACUUCAUGUAGGCUUUUUUUACAGCGCUUUGUGGUUUGUUUAGAAAAGUACAUUAAGUGUAUAUUAGAUUGUUAAACACAAUUACUGUGUACAUCUGCAUGUGUUAAAGGUGCCUAUUUACUAUGCUGAGAUGCUUGUUUGUAUUGAGACAGUUGUUUGCACCUUUAUAAACAGCCCUAUGUAGAAAAAAACAAGUAACAGCAGCUAUAUUUGAUCUAGCGAAUAGCUAAUGACGCAGAGUAAGUCUGUUUUUAAAAUGGGGUUUCUAUUACAUAAAAUGCUGCUACAAACGGCAGUUAAUCUCUGGUAUUCAACAAGGGGGUCUUAUGGAGCUUUAGUGGCUCUCCCAGGGAGCGUUUCCUUUAGAUCAUACUCUGAGCCAUGUUUUGUCAGUUCUUUGUAAGCAAAUCUAAUCAUUGCGUUCGUAGUAAGAGCCACCAUUCUUUAAAUAUAAAGUAAUAUUUUGUUUUGCCUUUUUAUUAGUUCAUUUAAGUUUGUGUUUUUAUUUAUUACAGGGCUGCUAUUUUCAUAAUGUGUAUGAACAAUGUCACAGACACUCUAUUUUAUUUUAUUUCCUUAUCUAUAGAAUAAAUGUAAAUCUAUCAUAAGUUGUAGAAGGGGAGGGAUUGCAUUUAGUAGGGAAAGCGUUUUGGCAAUAACUGAGCAUACGUAUCCUGGCGUAUAUAAAUAUAUAUCUAACACUAACGGCAAUCUACUUUUCUGGUAUUUAUUUUACAGUAGAGCAAAGAUCCAAUUUGAAUGUACAUUUUGUAAAGAGUGUAAGUAUGGAUCCAUAAUGCACCUGUACAGGAGAGCAACAGUUGAUACAAAAAAUAAAUGAUAGAUUAGAUAUUUUGAUGAAGACUUUUUUUUUUUUUUUUUUUCCAUUUCUCUCGUUUGUGACAGGAGGAAAAUUGCCAUGAUUCCUAUGCUUUUUAGACAAUUUCUGUGAAUUUUUUUUUUUUUUUUAAGGGUGGGAUUUAAAAAAAAAACUGUGAAAUUGUUCAACCUACUUUGUAACCAAAGAAGCAAAGAUGUUUUUUUUUUUUGUUAUGCACAUUUUCUGUAUUUUUAUUCAGUGUUCUCUCAUCACAUUUUUCUUUCUCCUCCCCUACCCACCACCCCCCACCCUGCUGUUUAGCAUGAUCUGCAUGACCUGUAAUUUCUGAACCACUUUCGUACCUCAAGUUUAUUUUUGUUUUGUCCAGCACUCUUAUUGUACUAUGUAAUCUGUGAAGCGCGUCCAAUAAACAGAGCAAACCGCUAAUGUCAGUUGAGAUAAACUAGUGUUUUGCACACUAGUUGUCAUAUGGAAACCGUGACAUGAAGUGAGCCAUCUUUUGUUCAUUUUAAAAUGGUGUUAUAAAUUUCAUAUGCAGAAAACCAAGUUUUGUUACAUUGCAGAUUUUAAUGUAUUGAAUAAAUUCAACAUGCAGAUUA